AGAAGAAGAAGAAGAAGAAGAAGAAGAAGAAGAAGAAGAAGAAGAAGAAGAAGAAGAAGAAGUAGUAAUAGUAAUAGUAAUAGUAAUAAUAGUAGUAAUAGUAGUAAUAGUAGUAAUAAUAGUAAUAAUAGUAGUAGUAGUAAUAGUAGUUGUUACUGUUACUACUGUUACUGUUACUGGGGUAACGUCAACAUCAUCCCAAGUUGCUUACUUUCUUGUAGCUAGCUAGCGUUUUACCUUUUAAUUGACAUUUCCCACCUCCUGUAAAUUAGCAAACUAAAAAUAGCCGCUUCGGGUGUAAAUUUUAGAGACCUGUACUGUCAACGAAAACGACCAAAAAGGAGUUCAGUUUAAGGCAUAAUGGCGAGCCAGCGUCCUCCCUCUAACAUGGGCCGCCCAGUUAGCCGCAGUGGAUCUGUGGUCCAUGUCGCUGGAAGACCCACAACAGCUGACCGACCUCCUCCUACAGCUAUACGUGUUGCAACUGGGAUGGUUCCAGGUACAAGUGGUCAUCCUGGCAUGAGGGGUGGCAUCCCCAUCGCUACCCCUGGAGUCUUGUCAGCACAGAUCAAAGUGACUGACAGGCCUGUGACCCAGCAGGGGCUCAGUGGGAUGAAGACUGGCAUGAAAGGACCUCAGAGACAGAUUCUGGAUAAGUCCUACUACUUGGGCCUUCUUAGGAGUAAGAUCAAUGAGUUAACCACAGAGACCAGCAAACUGCACAAAGAGAUUGACAACUACAAUCAGGAGAACUCCGUUUAUCUGUCCUAUGAGAAGAGAGCUGAAGGCCUGGCUGUAGAGAUUAAGGAUCUACAAGGCCAGCUUGCUGACUACAACAUGCUGGUGGACAAGCUCAACACCAACACAGAGAUGGAAGAAAUGAUCAACGACUACAGCAUUUUGAAAGCCCAAAAUGACAGCGAGGCUGAAAGCGUCGAUAGCAUCUUCACUGAGAGGAGAGAAAAAGAGGAGGCUAUCAGGGCAACUGAAGAAGAGAUCAGGAGGGAAAGGCGGGUUGCUGACGAGGUUGUCCAGGCAAUGCCGGGCGCAAAGCAAGAGAAAUAUUUCACCAUGACAACAGCCAAUGAGGAACUGCUACAGGAGCUAACUGUUCUCCAGGAGGAGCUGGACAUUCUGAUAACCAGGAAGGAGGACUACGAAGUAGAGCUGGCCCACUCGCACAUAAAGCAGGAAGUGGUUCGGCUUCAUGAAACUCUGUCAGUGCUGGAGGUGAAGCGUGACACCAUGGAGGCUGAGCACAAGACCCUGGGCUCCCCACAGGAGGAAAGGGAGAAAUUAUUUAAACAGGUGAAGGAGGACAACCAGGAAAUCGCCAGUAUGGAGAGACAGCUUACAGAGAUCAGGGACAGGACCGGACAAAUCACAGAGGAGAUCCAGCAACUGGAGCAGGACUCAGAGGAAGCACAGGGAGAGUGUCAGCAGAAAUACAGGGAACUGAAGAAGAAAGAGGAGGAAAUUGACCGGUACCUGGAGUCAUUUGAGGAAUCCAGGGCUCAGGAGCAAGAGAAGAUAUCACAGAGCCAGGAGAACAUCGUCUCCCUCCUGGAACACUGCAGCAGGCACAUGUUGCGGCUACGUCAGGUGGAUACAGUGACAGCCAGUGAGCUGAGGAACAUGCAGGAGGUGCUGGUCAGCAAGGAGACGGAGAUGGUCCAAUCAGAGAGCACCGCCAAGGGACUGACAACCGAGUCACAGCGUCUGCAGCAGGACCUGGAGAAGGUGCAGCAGCUGGAAGGGAAGAUCACAGGUGAGCUCAGCACCCUGAAGGAGCGCGUCAGUACCAUGGAGUCUGAGCUGCACACCUACCGAGACCUGGACACCCUGAGGCACACAGCGGAGAAGAAGAAAAGGAGACUACAGGAGGACCGAGUAUCACUGACUCAGCGUCGGGAUUCAUUCAGACAGCUGUUGGAGGAAAUGAACCAGAAAUAUGAAGCUCUGAAGACCGAACUGCAAGAAAACGAGACUCACGCUCAACUGGCUAAUCUUGAGAGGAAAUGGCAACACUUGGAGCAGAACAACUUUGUAAUGAAAGAGUUCAUCGCCUCGAAAUCUCAGGAGAGUGACUACGACUCAGUUGCCAAGAGUGUCUCCCAACAAGUGGCAGGAUACAACAAGAGUCUUAUCGACUCCUUGCAAAACAACAGGGGUUAAACAUAUCACACACACACACACACACACACACACACAAAACAUGUUAUAUUUAAGACAUCUACAGUCUGGCAACAUAAGUGAUACUACUCAGUUCACCACACAUUUCAGUUAAUGUCAUGAUAAAGUGGUUAGCACAUGGAAUAGUUUAAUAUUGAUUCUAAGUUUCGUAACCCUCUGUGCAAAAAGACAAAUUAUUUCUCUCAAAAAAAUUAAGGCUUAGACAUAGCAUCAAAGUGCUCUGAUAAUCUGAAUAAAGAGGUUUUGAGAAGCCAGCUGUUACAAAUAGUUGCUCAUGCUGCCCAACCCUAUGAAAAACAAUGUCCCAACAAUAAAAAAGUGAGUCGGGACAAAUUCACUUAACAUUUUUGGUGUGCCUGAAGCACUAGGCACACUAUUCCUCAGGCUUAUUAGUAUGCCUGAAGUGUGGAGCACAAGGCACACUAUUGCUGUUCCUCUGGCUUAUUCUGCAUAUUGCUAUUGUGAGAGCUGGCACAGCUAUUGUUAUCUUCACUGUCUGUACUUUAUUUAUUUAUCUCGCUAUUUUUUGGCAUCUGUCGUAGAAACUUUGUUUCAAUGUCAAAACGUAUAUCUUCAGGAGAUGUAUGCUAUCACUGACAUGGACCCCUCCACUAUCAGUGCAUUCACUGUCACACAGCAGUCCCCCCUUUCAGACCACAACCAAAUAAAUGUGUUCUUUAAACUCUCAGGUCAAAUGAGUGACACAAAAGGGGAACCCAGUAAGCUGUAUAAAUUAAAUCCUACUUACAGAUGGGUCCAGAACAGUGGAGACAAAUUCAUCAUGGCCUUGAACUCACCUGAUCUGAUGAAUGACAUAUAACCAAAAUCAAUACCUACCAGAGAGGACGCUAUUAAAGCUAACCUUAUAUAAAACAAAAACGGAAGCCUGUUAAAAAGCCAACAAAUGGUUUGAUCAAGAAUGCAAGACCAUCAGAAAAGAUCUGAGGAAAAUAGCAAAUAAACAUCGCCAACCAAACAACCCAGCCUUAUGUAUUAGGUACAAUGACAUUUUAAACAAAUAGAAAUGUAUAAAUGUACAAUUAGGAACAAAAACAAAAUUAUAUCCACAUGAAACUUGAAGAUAUUGAGAAUGCCAUUAAUCAAAAUUAAUUCUGGGAUAUGAGGAACAACUUCAACAAAAAGCAACCACAAGCACUAUCCAUCCAAAAUGGUGACUUCUGGAGAGCACAUUUUGAAAAUCUGUACAAAGAUAUACCAAUAAAUCUAAUCAAUUCAGAUCAAUGUAUUAUAAAAGAAAAACUCCAAACAUUGGAAGAAACAAAGACAACCCCCUUGAUUUCCCAAUUACUUGGCAAGAAUAGACCACACAGAUGAAAUCUCUCGAGCCAAGGAAAGCUUGUGGUCUGGACAGCAUUAAAAAUGAAAUGCUCAAAUGCAGCACCCCAGAGAGUUGAAGUUGUUCAAUAUCAUAUUACAGUCAGGAUGUUUUCCCGACAUCUGGUGCAAAGGGCUCAUUUCCCCCAUUCAUAGGAGUGGGGACAAAUCAGACCGUAGUAACUACCAUCUGUGUUAGCAGUUUUUAUGUAGACUAUUCUGUAGUAGUCUAAAUAAAAGAAUACUAGAUUUCCUUGACAAACACUCCAUCUUGAGUAAAAAUCUAAUUGGCUUCCUCCCAAAACACAGCACCACUGACGACCACCUUCACACUUUAAUUAACAAACAUGUACACCAAACAAAAAUUGGUUUAUUGAUUUCAAGAAAGCUUUCGAUUCUUUUUGGCAUGAAGGGCUUUAUUACAGACUUCUAAAAACAUUGUGGUAAAGGGGGCAAAAUGUAUCAUGGUUAAAUGAAUGUAAUUGGAAAAUUAGUGUGCUGUUAAAAUUGGAGACAAACAAACUGAUUUUUUCACCCAGAUGUAGUUGUUCGUCAGGGCUGCAAUUUAAGCCCGACUUUAAACUGCAUUCUGCAGUUUCUACAGCAGAAGGGGAGAUCUGGAUCCGUCAUACGCAGUAUGGUAAUGGUUUCCCUAGGCAUAACUGUUUCCCUCAUCUAAUAGUUCAGGCUUCUGUAGGGUUACAGUUUUAGCAACCUCUACAUGCCCCCACUGUUAUACCUGGGGAAGCACGCUCUCUAUGCCCCCAGGACCUCCAGGAACCAAGGCCCCAACCAGCUGGGUCUACAUGCCCCAGAACAGGCUCUCAUUCCUGGGGUAGCAGCCUCACCACGGCCCUAGGACCUCCAGGAACCAGGCCCCCUCAAGGAACCUCUACAUAUUCCAGAACAGGCUGUCAUUCCUGGGAAGCAGGCUCUCGAUGCCCCUGGGACCUCCAGAAACCAGGGCUCCCUCCAGCACCCUUUACAUGUGUUAGGUUAAAUAUCGGUCAAUCCAUGUUGAAGCUGCAUGUGUUACAGUUUAGAGUAUGUUUAUCUAUAAUAUAUCAAUUGGACUGGGACCACAUUUGUUUGGAACAUUAUGGGGCUCCAGGGUUAGGAAUGACAUGUUAUGAGGUAACGUAAAGGACAGGGAACAACCACUACUGUCUCUUUUUGUUGUACACACAGGUCUUAUUCUUGUUCAUGAUUAUAGUUUGUUAGUGAGAAUGGCCAUAAUGACUUUUGUCUUUUAUUUUGUUUUAGUGCUGCACUAGAGCUGCGAACUGUUCUUGGCAUUGGUGCUAUAAUAGCAUGCAUCCUGGUUUACUGUUACUGUUACCUGAUGUAUUUGGUGUUUGGUUGGGAAGGGAGUGAAGAUGCAUUAGUGGUCCUGGGGUGCCCGAAUGACAACCCUUGUGGCUGAUGUUUAUUAAAGUCUCUGUUGGUGCUGAUGAUCAUUAAGCAUA